AUGGCUCACGAACACGUGUUUGAAGAAAACUGGUGCAAGAAAGUGUCUGAGAGUCAUUUGGCUUGUCACACUGGAGAGAGACCAUUCGUCUGCUCUGUGUGCGGGAAGGGAUUUAUUAAAUCAGCACAGCUUCUGAUACACCAGCAUGGUCACAUUCGAGAGAGACCCUACACCUGCACUGAAUGUGGGAAGGGAUUCACUCGGACAUCUGAUAUUCAGAGAACACCAGCUGUUCACAUUGGGGAGAAACACUUUACUUGCUCCAUGUAUGGGAAGGGAUUCACUCGGCCCUCCAAUUUCAGCGGACAUGGGCUUAUUCACACUGAUGAGAGACUAUUUAAAUGCUCCAACUGUGAGAAGAUCUUUAGAAGCAGCAAUGAUUUGAUGAAACACCAGCAAACCCAUUCUGGGGAGAUCCGUCAUAAUUCAGUAAUGUGA